AUAAAGAUUUUAUGUGACCAAAAAAAAAAAAAAAAAAGAAAAGCAGAAGAUUAUAUGUUCGGUAGGAAUCUGAACCGUACACGCCGACAAAUAGCCAUUACCCGAACAUAACUCACUUUAGACCUAACCCUUUACCCCUAAAUGAUCAAAGCCAGAUUCCAAUCUCCAACCUGAUGGCAGAAUAUCUAUCGUUAAUUUUCUAUAGGAUUUGUAAUCCCAAAAGCAGGUAUGAUUACGAAGAAAUGGCGGAAGCUCGAGCAGAGGCAGAACGCAGGGGGUUUGAGGCAGAGCUCAAGAGGUUGAGAACAAUCUCAGAAGCAGAGGAAUUGAGGUUGAAAACACAGUUAAAAAGAGUUGAGGCAGAGCGCAAGAGGUUUGGGGCAGAAGUGAAUAGGUUGAGAAGAAUCAUCUUAGAAAACAACAAUAGUGGAGGACCCCCCGAGUUUUGUCUUCCCUCGGAUCUUUUAGCUGUGAUACUGUCCCGUCUUGCUUUGAAAGACAACAUACGGUCUUCUGCCGUUUGCAAGACAUGGGGUGAAAUAGCUGCAUCUGUUCGGGUUAGAGAUCCGCCUUGCUGGCUUAUGUAUCUUGAUCCAUGUCGUAACUCGUAUGGGUUCUUCGACCCAAUAGAGAAGAAGAAGACAAAGGCAAUGAUGGUGGAUCUACCCGAGUCUUGCUAUAUUCUUUAUUCCAAUGAUGGGUGGUUACUCAUGGAAGACAGGGCUUCACAUGCCAGGCUUUUCUUCUUCAAUCCUUUCACCCGAGAGCGCGUAGACCUGCCGGUGUUUGAUACAGUUUUGUUGAUGCAAAUGCGUUUUGCUUUCUCCUGUGCUCCCACAAAGAAAGGCUGUGUGGUGUUUGGUAUUACUGGUGCUAGCGUCUCGGGUCGGGAAGUCGAAAUCAUCACUUGGCGUCCUGGUGGUGCCUCUUCUACUACAUGGGUAAAAGAGCACUUCCCAAACCCGUUUCCUUGUGACCUUGUGGAUACAAUAAACGUCUUAUACAACACAAGGGAUGGUCUCUUCUAUAUGUCAUUGGGGAUUGCGCUAGGGGUAUUCGAUCCGUCUGCACGUACUUGGAAUCUUGUCCCUGUGCUGCAACCGAUCCCAUGUUUCCAGAGGCACCCGAUGAGGUGGAUUACUGAAUAUAAAGGAGAGAUAUUUCUUGUAGAUGCAUCGUCUGUGAAGCCCGUGGUGUACAGGCUUAAUAACUCUUUCAAGAGGUCAGUUUGGGAGAAGAAAGAAACAUUGGAGGAUGGUUGCUCAAUUUUUGUGAGCGAUGGGUCAUGCGUGAUGACUUGUGGGUUAAUCAGUAACAUUUUGUAUUUCUGGAACAAUGAUAUCAACGACAGGCGUCCCAGUCCCACCAAGUACCAAGACUUUACUUUCAAAAAGAAUCGGCCUUACAAGUAUUCCUUAUACAGCAGCAGUUUAUGUGAUGACCCUGAAGGGUUUUACUUUGAAUAUCGCCCCACCAAUCGGAACAAUGGUGUCUGGAUUCAGCCGCCCCACAACAUCUCUAUCUUUGAUUUUCCCAUCCUCCCCGCAGAAGAUGCCAUAAAUACGCGUCUAUUUAUCUGAUUUUAUAUUUUGUAAUAGCAGAUACUCUUUUUCUUUAUAUUUUGCUUAAUGAGUAAUCCUUUUUGUUGUCA